CAUCCCCAUACACACACCCACUCCCGCUCUGGACUCACGACCAUCUUGUUUAAUGGCACCUAUGAUGGUGGGCCCCCAGCAACCGCCCGCCUUCACUGUCAGGCCGCAACCGCAGCCUCCGCGGCCCGCUGGGUGAUAAACGCAAACGAAAGGAGGCGCCAAGAGAAAAGACCGGUUGCUGGUCAUGUCGAAUUCGCGGUAAGAAGUGCCAAGGUCGGGAUCUUGCUAACCGUAAUGUUUGCACUAUCUGCAACAAGCUAGGCAUCGACUGCCUAGGUUGGGGACCAAAGAUCCCUGAUGAACUCGAUAAGAAGUAUUGGAAAACGAAGUGGACCGCGGAGCUCGAUGCAAAGGGCAAGAUCAAAGGUCGAGCACGAAACAUCCCCAACAAACUUCGACCGCCUUUGCCUGGUUUACAACAAUCCAUCGACGACCUCGACAUGUCGGAUGGUAUGAUGGACGACCUUGAUGGGCAAGGGUUGCUAUCAACAGACAGCGCCAACCCUGUCAACCUCUUCCCUGCUCCUGCUCCUUGGAACUCGGCUCCAACGCCUAACGGUAUGAACGGUGACGCCUCUGUGAUCUUCAACGGCGUGUCCCUGCCAGCACUCGGUGGAAUCACCACUUUCGGAUUGCAGAACACUGCUGGGCCCAGCUUAAGCACGUCACCCGAGUCGUCAUCUUCUCUCCUAGGAAGCAACAGACUCAACGGCGCCGGCUUGCACCUGAAUACCGUUGACCUGUCUCACCCUGGAACUUCAUUCACGACCAGCACCGGAUCGUCCACCGAUAGCGGUACGAUACUCUUCUCGGCCGAGGAACUUUCCGCAUCAUCGGCGUUCGACACCUUGGGCAAUGACACUUUCGCCAACGCUGCGACCCAAGCGUGGGAUGUCAAGCAGGAAGUAAUUCCCGAGAUCUUCACCGAUGGCACGAACGGCAUCGGCAGUUCACUCGUGCCCACCAUCCCGAUCCCCAUGGCACCGCCUGCGUUGGACGAUGCCUACGAAUGGAUGUGGUUCCAGCAGUACCAGAACGACACCCGCUCGAUGCAAUACCUGGUACAUGAUACUGCAGCGAAACAGACGCUUGAGCAGGUGAUGGAACAUUUAGCCGCCUCCUUCAGUCCUACUGUGAUGGCAUACCUCGCAGCGGUACGGCAGAAGCAGUUGUUCCCUGCCUGGGAGCUUGGCGAUGCCAUCAAGUUCCGCGACAAGGUGCUCAGGCGUCUGCGAGACGAUUCCGGCCCGAAGGACGAGAAGAAAGCGAUGACCGCGCUACACAUGGUAUCCGUGUCAUUGUUUGAUGGGUGCAGACCCGCAUGGCAGCCGUUCCUCGACUACGCGCGCGAUUGGCUCGAGCAGUUACACUCGAAGCAGGACGUCCGCGCUGCGCUGAGCGCUGCGGACCCGCUUACAUCCUUCGCCAGCAAGACAACGAUGUGGAUGGAUAUCUUUGGCGCUAUCUCCCAACAGACGCCGCCUCGAUUGCUGAACAUGUACCGUGUGCUAUUCGCACCGACUAGCACGGGAAUGGCUUGGAUUGACGCGUUUGCUAACCCUAGAGUGGUUGACAUGGACUCCACCAUGGGUGCCGAGAACAACGUCAUGCUCGCAUUUGCCGAGGCAGCCAACCUUGACGCCUGGAAAGCCUGGCAGAAGUCAAAACAAUGUCUGAGCAUACCCGAGCUCGUGAAGCGUGGAGACCAGAUCAUGUCAAUCCUUCGCCAGCCCUUCGGCGGGACCUCUCCCCGGGCCUUUAUCGGACCUCUCCCGACGCAGAACCCGCAGCAGCUCAUGUCCACUGUCUUCCGUUCAUCUGCGAAGAUCUACCUACAUACUGUCAUUUCUGGCUUCAGCCCCGCUGUGCCCGAAAUCCAGGAGGCGAUCACAGAGACGGUGAACUCGCUCGCGCAGCUGUCAAGCACCGACGAAAAGCCAUACGAUCGAUCACUCGUACUCCCAUUAUUUAUCGCCGGCGUGAUGACGGAUGAUCUCAAUCAGCGCUCAUUCAUCGUAAACCGGUUCACGAACAUCAAGGAUGUAGCUGUCGGAAAUUGUGGCCAAAUCCUAGAGCUUAUCCAGGCAGUGUGGGAGAGGCGGCAGCUCUCCUCGGGCCAGGAGAUCAGCUGGCGCGAAGUAAUGAAGGAAAAGGGCAUGAAGCUGCUAUUCGUUUGAUUCUCCCUUAUUGGGCCUUCCUGUUGUUUAUCCUGUCUGCCAUUUGUGGACAGAGAGAAGUUUUGGUCGUGCUUUGUAUUCUGGUUCGAUUCUUCGUCUAUUCCAAGCUGUGCGAUAACAUGCCAACCAAGAUGUGUUAGUUUCGUGUAUUUAUUCUCGUGAUUCUGCGAGAGGGCGGUU